CCUUUGAAUAAAACCCAGAAUAAUUAUCGGAUAUAAAAUUAGAAUCUUUUGCUUUAAAAAUGCAAUAUUUAUAAGAAAAGCACGAAAUCCGAUAAAAAUUAAAAGAAAAAUACUUAAGAAAAAUGAAAAUUUCCUCUAUAAAUUCAAAACUACCUUUUAAAGAUAUCCUCCGAUCUUUCAUAGCAUCUAAUACUUUAGGUUUUGAUUAAUAAAUAACAGCCGAAGCUUUCUAUUAUAUAGCAUCUACAUAUAAGAGUAUGGGUAUAGACCCAAGGCAUUAUUAUGAUUACAAUAUGGAUUAAUUAAAAUAAUCAUGGAGAUUUUAAGAACUUAUAAAUGAUUUUAAAUAUGGUUUGAAGGAUGGAGUAGUUUUUUCACCUGAAAAAAUAUAAAAAUGUAUUCGUUCUUUAAGAUUAUUAGAUUAUAAUGAUAUUUCUUUAUUAUUAUUAUCACUUAAAAAAAUUGAAAGAUAAAUUAGUAAUAUAGAUAAUAAUUUUCAAAUAGAUAUGAAUAAUCUCUUAAAUAAUAAUCCUUGUUUACAUAAGCCUUUAUAUUAUAAUAAUAAGCCUUUAGAUUUAAUUUAAAUUCUUUAAAAUAAUUAAUUUAAAAAAACAUUAAAAUAAGUUAUGUUAAAAUACUAGAAUGAAAUAGAAGAACAAGAAAAAAAACAAAAAGAAAAUGAAGAAGAUCAUUAAUAAAUAAUAAAAUUAUAAAAAAAAGAAUAAGAAAUAAUAGAAGAUGAAGAAUUAGAAGAUACUUAUAUAUUUGAAGAAGUUGAAAUUAUAGCAAAAAAAAUGGAAAAAUAAGUUAAAAAAGCAACAUCUGCUUUAAAAAAAAUAAUCACUUCAGUAAUGGAAAUUAGAAAAAAUUAUAUAAAAUUAAUAAAAGCAUAAGAAGAUAAUGAAAAAGUAAAUAAAAAUGCAAUGACUAAUUUAGAUUUACUCAAUUUAGAAGAAUUAAUGUUAGAUUCUAAUUUAAUAUCAAUUAAUGAAAUUAAAAAUCCAUAAUUAAUAUUAGAUCAAGAUAAAAAUAUAUAAUAAAUAAGUGAUAUAGUAGAAAAAAUUAUUACUUAAUAAAAUGAAAAUUUUCUUCCUUUUUUUGAAAGCUUAAUAUAAUAAAAAAUCAUUGAUUUAGAAAAUAGAUAGAGUGAAGAAUUAAAUAAAAAAAAUAUAGACAUAAAACUAGCUGAAGAAUAUUCUCAUUUAGAAUAUUCUGAAGCGUUAUUAGAAAUAGCAAAAUAUGCUAAUCAUAAAGGAAAAUAAUAUACUGGAGAAACUUUUUUAAAUGAAAAAUGGGCAGAUUUUUUCAAAAAAAAUGUAGAAGGGCAAUUAGAAUAUGAAUAUGAUGAAAUAGAUAGAAUUUAUUUUAAAUAAUUUGUUUAUGCACAUUAAUAGAUUAAAUAAAUGUAAGAUAUAAUUUUGAAUUCACUAUAAAAUAUUUAAGACCCAAAUGUAUAUGCUAAUUAUGCUGAUGCAUAUAACAAAAUAGGUCUUAUAUAAACUGCUGAUAAAUUUAUCUAAAAAAUUAAUAUUGAAAGUUUAGACUAAUUGAGUACUGAUAAAUUAAUAUCUGUACUUAAAAUAUAUGUUUAAUUUCCUUAAAAAUACUUACAUUUAACUUAAAAAAUACUUUAACGCUGCGAAAAUGAAUCUUUAUAAUUAUCUGAUUUAAUUGAUUUUGCCUUUUAUUCAAUUUUCUAUGAUAAAAUAAGUUUAUAGACUAUUUAAAAACUAUAAAAACAUCUUUAAACAUAAACUUAUAUGAUCGAAAAUCCUCUAUUAAAUUUUGUUAAUGAAUAUUUAUAGUUAGAAAAUAUUCAUUUAGGAUAUAAUGGAAGUGGUGCUAGAUUAUUUGGUUUUAAUUUGUUUUCCAAAAAUCCCAUAAAAGAUGAAAUAGUAUAAUUAGUUGGAAAAAAAGAAAAUCUUUAAAAUAUUAAUAUUAAAGAAAUUUAGCCUGAUUUCUUAACUUUAGCUUAUGAUAAUUAGCAAAAUAUUGUCCAAAAAUGCAUAUUUAUUACUUCUUCAGAUUUUGGUUAUUUAGAUUCAGGCGAAAACAGCGUCGAAUAUAAUGUAUUAGAGAAACUCAUGAAAAAAAGACUCUAAAAUGUUCAAGUUGAAUUCAUUAAUGUCUUAAAUUAUAUGCAUUUAGAUUAAAAUGGGACUCUUAUGAUUAAUUAAAAUAAAGAGAAAUUCCAUAAACUAAUUAAAUUAACCAGAAGCAAUAUAUACUAAGACUUAAUUGAUGAUUUAGUCAUAUUAUCUUAAAAGAUCGACAACUAAAGUUUUAAAAUGACCUAUAUAAAGGAGAAGUUUUUACAAAUAAUACACUUAACAUAUGGUAGAAAAUUCCUAUAAGUCUCUUUAAGUGAUUUAAUGCAUGAAAAUCUUAAAUAUGCACCAAAGGAUCCUCAUAAAUAUUUUUAAUAUAUAGAAAAUAAAAAUCAAACUGCUUCUCUAUUCUGUUAGUAGUAUUUAGAGUAUUUUUCUAAGAAGGCUUACUAAAAAAAUCAAAUUCUUUAAUUAGCUCAUGCUAACUUUGCAUUUAUACAAGACAAUAGUUUGAAUUAAUAAAAAACACUUUUCUAAAAAUAACUUUUGAAGUAUCUUUAGAAAUUUAAUGAAGAAAAUACUAAAUUAGAUAUUCUUUUAUAAGGAUAAACAAAUAUAUAUAUUGAUGUUUAGUUUGAUUAAAAAUAAUUAUUUUAAGAUAAAUUAUUUAUUAAAUAUGAUUUAGAAAAAGAUCGCGACUAUAUAAUAUCAAAUAAAGAUCUUUCUUAAUGUUUAAAAAUAAAAAGAAUCCGUGCCGAAUAAAAACUUAUAAAGACUAACAUAUUAUCAAAAUUAGCCUAAAAUAAACUAUUAAAAGAUUCAGAAAUCAAAUACUUAAAAUAAUGGUAAGAAAACACUUUAAUAACUCCUGAAAAUCCCACAAACCUAACUUUUGGUUAAUUAUCUUAAUAAGAUAAGGAUACGUUAAAUAACUUCAAAUUUAGUUGUUUAUAAGAAUUUUAAGAUAUGUAAGUAAACGAUUUAGUGUUUGAAUUUGUAUAAUUUUUCGAUUCUGCGAUUAUUAAUAGCACUGAAGUACAUUUAAGGGCUAACAAAGAAUUUAAAGAAUGGGGUAUUGCGCCUGAAUUAAUAAGCAAAUAAACAUUAAAUACUAAAAACAAUUAAAUUAUUACUUUAAUUGAAUAAGAAGUAUGGAGAGAAGGAUAAAAAUUAUCUGACUACGAAAUGGAAAAUACACUUAAAAUUUUAAAAGUCUUACAAGAAGAAGGAUAUAAUGAAAAAAUAAUGACCUAGUAAGAAGAUAAACUUAGAAAAUAAGCAUUAGAAGCCAUAAACGAAUGUGAUAAUAGAUUUGAUUUAUUUUUAAAUUGGCUUUAAAGUAGAGAUAAUGAAAAAAAUACAAUUAUAUAAGAUAAUGAUAAAGAUUAUAAAGAUUUAUGGAAAAAAAUAUUCCUUUAAGAUUACGAAUAAACUACAGAGGAUUAAAUACAUGUAUUUAUUCAUAAUUUAGUUUAAAGACUUUUUGUACUUUCUAAAUAUCCUCCAGCUAAAUUUUCUUUGUUUUUAACUAAAAUACUUACUCAUAAAAAUAUUAAUAUUAUAGAUAAAAAUAUACUUAUUUGCUUACUUGAGUAAAGAACUAGUUGA